AUGGGCGCCGAAGUGAUCCAGGCUUGGGGCGAUGCGGUCUCGAGCGAAGACUGGACAUUCGUGCGAAGCAAGCUGGAGAAGCACGUCGCUGCGAUCUGCAUGGGCGAAACGCCGGCCGUCUUACCGGCCGAAAUUGCCAAGAAGCUGCAGGGAGGAGCAGCGGCUGUAUCAGGAUUCACAGGGAAGCUGAAGAAGGACGACGUGGAGUUCCUGAUGAAGGAGUUGCUGCUCAGCAAGCAGCAAGCAGAGAAAGUUCUUGCCGAGAACGACGGAGACAUGAACAAGGCGCUCAAAGCGCUCCUCAGCUGUUCGCCAUCAUCUUGA